AUGGAUCUCAAUCAUAACGCGAAUCGCAGCGCCUUUCAUCGCGCUGAAGCUGGCAGUGGCAACAUUAACAACAGCAACAACAACCGCAAUGUUGAUAUGAUCUCUCCUGCUACCGCUCCUGGUGAGUUUCCUUCCACUCCUACGACAAGAGCUGGCCGAAAGACUCAUCAACAACAACAAUCCAAUCCAAAGCCACCUCCUGCCACCACACGUGCCUUUGUGACGCCUUCUCCUACUAGCUCCCGCGGUUCAUUCGCAACAACUCCCAUGGAUAAUAAUGAUUCUGAUGGCUUGGUGGAAGACAAUGGUCGCCACCGCUAUGACCAGAAGGCAUUGGGAGCCGUUUGGCAAGUUAACAGCAACAACAGUAACAACAACAAGUCGACAAUGCCAGAAAAGAACGCGGCCGUCAUUCGGAAAAACAUGUCGGCUGGUGCUGCUGGGCUUCCUCCUAUCCGUGAUGAAAAGACUCGCGCUCGAAAAGAGCGAUUGGUGGCCAUGGAACAACAAGAACAGAUGCAGCAUAGCAACCUACGAGUACCCAAGCUACGACCCGGAACACCAGAUCAUACUACCAGUUCUCCCAUCGACGGACCUCCUCUCCGCCACGAUCGAACUGCCAUGUUGAUUGCCAAGGAGCAACAAAAGCAGCAACAUCAGAAUAAGAAUACGCAUGUUGUUCCUCCCAUGACCUCGGUCUUGAAGCGACGCUCUACCACCAUGUCGUCGGUCAGUUCUACCAGCAGCGGAUCCACCGAAGUCACGCAGAACACGGGUGCUGCUCGCUCUUCUUUGGCAUCGUUACAGUCUUCUUUUGCUUUGCGUCAAGCCGCCGUUGAUCUUGCUCUCAUUGAUGACGAUGAUGACGACGAGGGGGGUGUUGGCAGAUUCACCUCUGCCUACGAAGAUGAUGUCGAUAGCAACCGAGCCGUCAAGACAAACGGCAGCAAGCUCACGGCUACUGCUGCCGGUUUCAAGAAACGUCGCGCUGUUCGUCGUGCCACCACGGGGAAUGGAAUCCCUCGUCCUUACUCUGCCAUUGCCAACAGCGACAAUGCAAAUGUCAAACGAAGUGCUUCUAGCAACCUCGAACACUGCGGCAUUGCCAGACGCCGUCGCGCGACUGUGGCCGUCCCGUAUGGAACCCAUCUCAUCAACAGUUUCGGGGGAAACAUGAUUAUGGCAGAGGCAGCAGAAGGCACCGGCAAUAGUCACCAUUCCAACGGCAGCAGUGUCGGAGCGCAUUCGGUCAUUCGAGGACGGCGUGCCGCCAAAAAGUCAGAAUCGGAACACGGCGACGACGACGAUGCCGUCGCACUCCAUUUGGCAUCCGUGGCCUCUCGCCAAGCACAAGCUGCGUCGGGACUUCAGUUCAUCCCCAAUAAUGACGACGAGGAGGACAUUACUGGAGUCGACGUUGAAGAUGAUACUGGCAAACCCAAGGCCGUCACGACCUCGGCGGACGCUUCGACUGGCACUCUAUCGGCCCACAAGAAUGUCAAGGUUGCAAGUUUCAGUACCCACCAUGCGUCUCUUUCCCAGCGGCCCGCCUUGGUGGAUAGCACCAUCAUGGAAGAAGAGGACGACGAUAUUUUGGAUGAUGAUGGCGAUGAGUUUGCCAAUGCAGGACCUGGCGACGAGGUGGAACGUCCAGCAGUCGAAGUGGCGCAAGCAGGAGUUCCCGUUUUGCUUCAGACACCUGGGGCCUUCGCCGUCGAAGGAAUGCACGGAGCCGGUAGAGCCAAUGAUGAGCUCAAUGAACCGUUCGAUUCCGACCUCAAUCACGAAGAUCGCAACCGAGAUGCCGCUGCCAUCGUGAUCAAUGAUCCGACACUGACGGACCCCAACUCGGCCUUGUUCAUUGACGAAGAACUUGCUGUCAACGCCGAGCUCUACAACGGGGACACGGCUCCCAAUUCGGGAGAUGUCCUCGAUGCCCAUUUGCAUGUCGUUUACGAGGGUCAACACUUGCCAGAAGAUGAAAUCGGACCCUCGGCAAAAUCCAUCCAGCGAUCGCGCAUGAUCAAGUUCACAGUGUUCUCCCUUGCCAUUGGAGCCAUUGCCUCGGCCAUUGCUGUUGGUUUGAGUCGACCUUCUCGGGCAUCCGCGAACCUACCUUGGCAGCAGGUCCGUGUUCCCACCAUUGAAGGAUGGAAACAGGUGGGAAACAACUUGACGGGUCCAACGGAUGAUGACAAAUCGCUCUAUGGAUACGCUAUUGCCAUGGCCGGCAAUGCGGAUCGGAUUGCCAUUGGCGUUCCUGGACGUGACCAAGGAGCCACCAAGUUGCUAGUGGGAGAAGUGCAUGUCCUCGACUGGAAUGGUACAACAUGGUCAUCCAGUGCAUCGCCUAUUAUCGGCCCAGGCCCAGAUGGACAAGCUGGAACCUCAGUGGCCAUGAGCAAGAAUGGAAAGCGAAUUGCCGUCGGCUCACCCUUCUUGGCACCUCACGGAGGACACGUUGCGGUAUACGAAGAAACAGAUGCAUAUCCCAAGGAAUGGAUUCUCGUUGGACAGGUGUUGUUAGGCAACAGCUCCAAGGUCGGCGGAGGUGACAGUCAAUUUGGAAGUUCUGUUGCCUUGUCGGAGAAUGGCAACAGACUUGCCGUAGGUGCUACAAUGGGUGAAGAUAAAGAAGGAACGGGACGCGAAGAUAGUGGAUAUGUCAAGGUCUUUCAGUUCCAGCGAGGAAUCAGUAACCGAUGGGUCCAACUUGGAGAUACCAUGUAUGGCGAAAAGCCCGGGGAUUUCUUUGGUUGGUCCCUUGCCAUGUCGUCAAAUGGCACGCGGAUCAUAGCUGGUGCUGUGGGAAGUACAGCGGAAGGAGUGGGGGAGUUUUCUGGCCAAGUGCGUGUCUUUAACUAUGGCGACGAAGAAGAUUCAUGGACCCAGGCGGCAGGUGCUAUUGGUCAUUCUAGCGCUGAAGAUGGUGUCGACAUUGGGCAUGUGCGCGUUUUCCGAUUUGUGGAGACUUCCGAGGACGAUUCAGAACCUGCUUGGGAGCCAUUGGGCCAGAUGCUUGUGGGACAGAGCGCCUUUGAUUCGUUUGGCUACAGUGUUUCGCUCUCGGCUGAUGGUCAUGUCGUGGCAGCUGGAGGGCCCCGGAACGAUGAAUUCUCUGAAUCUGCCGGUCACAUUCAGGUCUUCGAGAUGCGACCAGAUACUGGAGAGAGUACCUGGGUCCGUCGCGGAGGCAACAUUGGAGGCUCUUACGAUGGCCGUGACCUGUUUGGUUGGUCAGUUGCCUUAAACUCGAAUGGCACCCGGGUUGCCGGAGGUGCUCCAUUCUCUACCUUUGAUGGGAUUCUGAGCGAUGUCGGAACCGUCCGUGUCUACGACGUUGUCUAG